AUGACGAAAAUUGUUCAACUACUUUUCUUCACUCUUUUUACAACAACGACAAUUUGUUCCGAAAGUGAGUUUUUAUGUUUUUAUUGUAUCAUUUUCCCAGUUUAAUCUCACCCAAAUCAAGCAAAGUUGAUUUUUGUCGUGAAAAAUUGUGAUGAGUGGGUAGACCCUCUUGAAGUUUAUUUAUUAUCGUUGAUGAUGGCUCAUUUUCUCACUUUCAUCAUAAUAGAUAUCUUCAAUUUAUCUAUUUAUUUUAUUUACAUAUUCAUUUUCGAAAAAAAAAAUAAAUAAAGGCGAGAGAAUAAAAAUAAUUUAACCAUAUGAUACAUUGAAAAUUGGUUGUUGAGGAAAAAAGAUGCGCAACACAAUACAUUCCCCAAGAGAUUUCAAGUUUUUUCCCUUUCCUUCCCUUUCUUUUUUUGUUAGCUGUGCUCUUUCCACUAAUCGACCCUUUUGUCACUUUUGCACAAAAAAGGACAAAUGAUAAAAAUCGAGUUUUCUUUUUUUUCGCUUUUCCUGAAGCUAAUUGAAGGAGCUAUAUGAUUCUUGAUACUCUCUCAUUCUUUCUUACUCAAGAAAAAAAAUGCAGAAGAAAAAAAAAAGAAUAAAACAAAAGAUCUUUUUGAAAUUAAUACCUGAGCAAAAAAAUAACAAUAAUUCUCUGCGAAAAUGUAUUGUUUUCGAUCCAACCAUUCAUUUUUUUGCGUCUUCUCAAUGGCUUAACAUUUAGAGAGUGCAAAUAAAACAAAAGGCGAUUUUCUUGAGGAAGAGCAACUCUCAAAAAAAUAAACGAGUGAGAAAUUCCCAAAGAAAUCGAAAUCUGUUUUGUUCUGCUUUGUUUUUGAAGAAACAUAAGUCUAUCAAAUAAACAGUAGGUAGAUAGAAUCAAAAUAAACAUCAUUUGAUGCGGUUUAUGAAUUAAUCCGAUCAAGAAACAUUUGUAAAAACAAAAAAAAAAGAAUUAUUAUAUUUCUCAUCAUAUGUAUUUGCCUGUUUCCGGUACAUAAAAAGCAAAAAAAGAAGAGGAUCAAUGCUCUUCCGCCUCAUCUAAUUUAUCAUUGUUGAAUAAGGAAAAAACUUUAUGUACAUUGAAUCUCCGAGAAAAAUAGUUAGAUACAUGGUUUGUACGGAAUGAAUGACAUCUGAACAUACAAAUCUAUACAAUAAGUCAAUAAAAAUGGAGAUUGGUUUUUGAAAAAUUGAAAUACUGAUGCGAGUAGGGUAAUUAAUAUUCAAAUUUAUUAUUGAAAAUGUUGUAUUUCUACGUGAAAAAAAAAUUUCUAGAAACGUAUGACUUUGUAAAAGCAAUUUUCAAAAUCCUUCUCAAUGUUUUUCAUGUUGAAUAUUGAUUUGAUAACUGCAAAUUGAGAUUUAACAAAGAUAAAUUUAGUUUUUUAUCUGCGUUCUUUUGACAAUUGAAUUCACAAUUUAUAAAGUUUUUUCUUGAUUUCAUAACGGUUUUUCUUAAUUUCGUAACCAUGUAUAACAAUUCUCAUUCUCUUCCCCUCUAGGUUCUUCUUUCCUCUCUUAUGAACCUCUUGACUUUUGGUUGAUAAUUAGCAUAAUGACAAGGAUGAACAGGUGUUUUCUCUCAUAUUCCAACCAGCCAUCCAGCCAACCAAAACAAAACAAGACAACAAAAAAAUACAGUAGGAAAAGCGGUAAAAUGGGACGUUGGAAUGAAUAAUAAAAGAACAUGCUACUAAAUGAUGCGUGUUAUGACAAUUAGGACCCCCUCCUUCCCUUUUUGAAUGUGGUUUAGUAUACCGCCAAAAAUAGAGCAGAGAUUUGAAAUUAGAAAUGAAUGAUGAAUUAUUUGUGAAUGUGUCGUUGUUCCGUUUUGUCACAGCAAUAUUCAUCCCUAAAAUGUGUGUAACAUCAAACAGUAAUAUAAUAUGUACAAGAAGCCACAAACGACCUGUAGAAAAGUACAUUCAUGCCGGUGCAUGGAAAAACACACGGAUCAGGUUUCACUGAAACGUGCUUUUGUCUCUUGUUCCUCUUUUUUGUAGUAGUUUGAGAUUCUCUAGGGAAUCAACUAAAAACAUCGCAAACAAGAUUUGAUUACCUUCUAGUGACCAGCGCCUUCUUUUUUUCUGGGUGGUUUUUUUCCUUCAAAGUUGUUGGGGGAACAUGAAGGAAUAUGAACUCAUUUUAAAAAUUCAUAUUCACACCUGCACUCGAUGUGAAUUAUUUAGAUCAAAUUGGACUUUUUCUCUCCACAUUGACAGAAAAUUCAAUAUUCAUUAAUGUGAGAAUAAAAACUUUGAUUCAUUAGUUGCUUCUUCUUCUCCUUCUUUUUCCUCAUUUUCUUCGAUUCAAUAUUCAAAGACCAUAUACAUAUUGUUUCUUGUUGUUAUGCAAAUUGAAAAAGAAGGAAGAAACUCCUUGAAUGGUGUCAAAUAACACAUAUAUAACAACACAUUUGAUGAGCUACCGACAGACACAGUUUUUGCACCAAAACAAAUAUUAGAUCAAGCAAGAUUUUUCAUAUAUCUCGAUUUAUUAUUUAUUUUGAUAUAAAAAUAUAUAAAGGUGUGGGGGUGUAGAGGAACGUGGAAAAAAACACAUGAAGACAUUUUGAAAUAUGCAGAUUUUAUUUGGGUUUUGCAACUUUUGCGAACGCAUAAAGUAAAUAGGUGGAAUAUGGCGUCAUAAACCAGAACAAGUGGGAGUAGCAAGAAUUUGGGAAUUGAAAAAAAAAUGUUAUUGCGAAAUUCGGAAAAAAUGUAACCCGUGAAUAAAAGGAAAAAAAAUGAAAAUCUAGAAAUUCAGAAAAUAUAGGGACACAUACAAAAAAUUUAGAAAUAUCCAUAUGAUUUACCUUACAACAAAAUAAUCUUCCAAACGUACCCUUUUCUGUUAUCAAAAAGUUCUCUCAAUUUCUCUAUAUCGAAUUAUUUGUAAAACUAUGGCACGGAUUUUUUUGCAUGUACCUUUAUAUAUAGUGUUGUUUAUAUCCAUAUAGCAAAAUCCUUCCACUACACCUUCAAUCCCAUGCAUUUUCAACCAUCCAACUAUCAUCCUAUCCACUUCUCAACAGUCGUCAUUAAUUGUUACAGACAUCAUUAACCAAUCAAAUAACAUAUCAAGAACACGUCGUGAUACUUGGAUUGUUUUUCCCGAUCCUAAAGUGAAUCGAUCGGUUGUUGUUCGUGAAACUAAAACGUAUUGGGGUUCGUUUUGUUUUAUUUUUCUGAUUAAAAUUUUUUUUUGAAUGUUGAUUUUUAAUUCGAUUCGUUUCGAUUUAUUAAUGCUUUCAAUGUUGUUGUCCGCUUGUGUAUUUUGAAACAAUAUGACUCUAAGAAAUGUGUGAAAUUAGGAAAAACGUAACAUGAUAGGGCGUAUUACUCUUAUUUAUUAAUAUUAAUAUUAUUUACUCAUAUGGGUUAUAAUUUAUUUAAAAAUAAUAACAUCUUUGUUGACGUCUAAAGUAUACUAACAAAUGUGAAAUAUUUGUAAUACUUCUAGUUGAAACUUUUAAAAAAUCAAAACUUUUACAGAUGUUCCAACUAGUGAGAUUUCAAACAAUCCAAUUAUCAUAUCUUCUGAUACAAUGAACUACGAAACUGAAACAAUAACAGUCCGCGAAGAUAGAAAAGUUUUGAUUCGAUGUGUUCAUGAGCGAAAUGAUCUUCGAGACAAAUCCGAUUUGACUUGGAAAAAAUCUGGAGGACACAUCAUUAGUGGAGAAACUGCACCGAGGUUUGAAUUUAAUGAAUUCGCUAUACACUUUUAUCCCAUUUUAUUUCAAACAAUUUGAAAUUCAAUUAACCCCAUUCUCUCCACCAUAUCCAUAACAAAAAAGUGUGAAACUUUUACCACCACCCAACGCCACCCAAGAUGGUGGUAUAUAUUUACACAAGCUUCUUCAAUUACAUUUUCUUGAAUUGGAUAUUUUGUCCUUCCGUCUUUUCCAAUAGAAAAAACAUCACAUGGGGACAUUUUUUUCGAAAUUUGAUAUUUUGAAAAUUUAACAAGGGGUUUUUUCAGCAGCCUGUUCUCGGUUGCGAGCACUGAAAGAUCAACAAACUACAACAAGAAUUCACUUCAUUUCACUGCAGUUCAUACAAGAGAUUCUGGUUUUUACAUUUGCUCCGCAAAAACUACUGGUGGAGAUACUUUUGAAAAAACAAUCAAACUCACAGUUCUCCCAAAAGUUCGAUGGAUUAAUGCUGAAACAACUGUUGGUGCACUUGUUGGUGAACCAUUAACAAUUGAUUGUCGAGCUGUAUCUGGAAGUUCAAAAGAUAUUAAAAUUAAUUUGGCUACCAACACUGGUGAAAUCUUAGAUGGUUUGUUGUGUUUUUUAAUGGAAGAGUGAAAAAUGUGGAAUUUGUAGAUUCAAUUUUCAAACAAGCUGGAGAUGAAGCAACCAUCGAAAGCUUGCAAAAAGAACAUUCUGGAUUAGUUGUUUCUUGUAUUGCUAUCGAAUUCUACAAAGAAGAAAAUGAGGAUGAAUUCCCACUUGUUGAUCGUAAAGAUGUCAAAAUCGAGGUUUAUCGUAAGUUAAAUUUUCUAACGAAAUGGUUAAAUUGAAAAGCUUUUUUUAGACGCGCCUGAAUUUGCAACUGAGGAAACAGUCAAAAACACUGUUAUCGAUGAUCAUGUUCGAGAUGUGAGUUCAAAAAAAUUUAAUUAAAAGUCAAAUUAUCAGAAUUGAAUUAUUUUUAGGUGACUUUGGAAUGUAUUGUUUCGGCAUCUAAUCCAAAGGUCAAACAUUUCACGUUCUAUCAUAAUGAUCGGGAAAUUGGUUUGGAUGACUCUAGAUAUUCAGUCAAACACCAUCAUAAUUCUCACAAAGCUUAUUUAAAUGUGAGUAUGAAUAAUUUCAGACAAGAAACUGAUUAUCCAAAUUAAUUUCAGAUCCGUGAGGUUAAUGAGCAAGAUUUGGGAACUUAUCGAUGUGAAGCAAAUAAUGGACAAGCAAAGGGGCAUCACAAUAUUCAUUUGAAUCAAGCUGGUAAGAAGAGAUUAACACGUUUUUUCAUUUAAAAAACACAUUUCAGUUGCACCAUUUGAGCCAAAAGUAACAUUCUUGUCGCACAAAAGACAUUCAAUCACAUUCAAAGUUGAAUCAAGCGAUACUGAAUCCGAUUUGCCGAUUAAAACUAUUGAAAUCAGUCAUUUGCGUGAAUCUCAAGUUGAUGCUGCCAAUUUGAAUGAUGACGAAAUUAGUGAUGAUUAUUGGAGAUCGCAAGCAAAUACUGUUAAAAAAGCAAAAAGUUAGUUUUUUUUAUUUCAAAACAGUAAGAAUGCCUCAGGUCAAAAACUACGGCCUUCACUUUCUUUUCCAAAUCAAAUUGUUAUUUCAGGUAGCGAUGAUAUUUAUGAAGUGACUGGUCUUCGACAUGCUCAUGAAUAUGUUUUCCGAUUCCGCCAAGUCAGUGAUGCUGGAUUUGGUGAAAGUGUAGUUCUACGCGCCAAAACUUUCAAUGAAAAUGAUUUGACCCUUAACUCCUCCUUCUCAAUUGUCUCAAUUUUCCUUAUGUUUGUAGUAGCAAUUUUGAUGCUUUAA